UCAUCUUGUCUGGAAAUACAUAAAGGAUAAAAGGGAAGAUGAAAAUGAAUCUCCAAAUCCAAUCUCAAUCCCUGUCAACCCACUUUCCGCUUCCUCUCUUCCCUCCAAAACCCAAAUUCAUCCAUGCUAAACCCAGGCGUCCCUUCAAAUUAUGCUGCUCGCUUUCCGCUGUUUCAGUCCCACAAACAACGACCAACCACAAGCCAUUUCCUGCUGAGGUUUCCAGGACCAUCAUGGAAUUGUCUUCUAUGGGGACCCUUUCCACUCUAGCGCAAGAUGGGUGGCCAUUGGGCGUUGGUGUAAGGUUUGCUGUCGAUGCUGAGGGCACUCCUGUUUUGCGCUUGCCUCACCCUUCUCUUGAUAACCGCUCCACCCUCCAUGUUCAGUUAGAGCAGUGUGGAUUGCGGACUCCUCAGUGCACGAUACAGGGCAGUCUUAACAAACUAGCUGAUGCUACGAUUUUGAGGCGGUUUGGUUCAGUAUGGAAGGAGAGGUUUGGAGAGGAAGCUGAUGUAGACAAUCUUUAUAUUGUUGAUGUACAAAGAGUACUCCAGAUGGAAGACUUCAAUGAGGAUGGUCUAUGGGUUACGUCGUCAGAUUAUAAAAAUGCAAAUCCCGAUCCACUUCGAGACUUUGCUGAAGAAUUUGUCAAUGAAAUUAAUACCUAUAACGGAGAAGAUGUCCUUCGCUUUUGCAAUGUAUUCGUUGAUUUGGACUUCCAGGUAUCAGAAGCAAAGAUGAUAUGGGUGGAUCAUCUUGGCUUUGACUUGCGUAUUUACUCUCCUCAGAACAGUGUAUUCGAUGUUCGAAUUCCUUUUCCCCGGGAAGUAACCGAUGAGAAAGGUGCCAAAUCCUCAUUCAAUGGUAUGUCACAACUUGCUUGGGAGGUGGAGAAAAAUUUCCAGGCCCGUGACUUCGAGAAGGUUAAACAACUGAAGAGAAUUACAUACAGCGGAAUGCUAUAAAUUUGUUAAUCUUAUGCUAUACAAGUGGUGCUAGUGCUCUUAUCUUCACUUUUAUUUGGAAGAUGAUUCUUGUUUUGCAGUUUAUUAAAUUUUCAACA